AUGAGGUCAGAUUUGGCACUGGAUAACAGGGAACUUGUCUCAGGUCAGAGAACUUGUCUCAGGUCAGAGAACUUGUCUCAGGUCAGGGAACUUGUCUCAGGCCAGAGAACUUGUCUCAGGUCAGGGAACUUGUCUCAGGUCAGAGAACUUGUCUCAGUAAGAAAUUCCAUCUGUGCGUACAGUACGCGAUGUGCGGAGAAUUCCUUCUGGUGCUUCCCAAACCUGAGCGGCGCCCAGCCUGUGUGUCACUGUUACCAAGGAUACAGGAAGUCCUCAUUCGUCAGCAAUGGGGUGUGGAACUGCGCAGAUAUUGACGAAUGCGCGGAGGGUAUUGCUCAGUGUGGCGAAAGUUCUCGCUGUGUGAACACACCAGGGAGUUACCAUUGCCAAUGUCCAUCGGGUAUGACGUAUGACGGCCAGAAAUGUUCAGACGUGGAUGAAUGUGGUGGGGGUGAGCACCUGUGUGGGUUCGGAUCUACCUGCGUGAACACCCCUGGGUCAUACCGCUGUACCUGCCUGGACCCCACCAAAUACCUCAUGAGAUCCUCCAAAACCAGCACUUACUUCUGCCACCGUGAUUGUAUAUCAGAAGGUGCCGCCUGUUCCUAUAACAAACUGUGUGUUUGGCAUGAUACCCAGUUCAGCUGUCAGUGUCGGGAAGGUUUUGAACUCUCUGUGGAGCGAUUAUGUGAAGACUGCGACCGGACAGACCCCUGCUCGGAGAACUCCGUGUACUGUACGAGUAACGGCAGGUCACGGUGUAUGUGUCUGGACGGUUACGAGAAAUACAAAUAUGUCGGCAACAGCGGUAUAGCCUGUAAAGAUACUGACGAGUGUAAAGACCCCGAUCGUUGUCGAGACACGGCCGUAUGUGUGAACACUGAGGGUGCCUUCCAGUGUCGCUGCCAGCGAGGGUAUCAAUACAUUGAUCAACAAUGCCAAAAAUGCGAACUGAAAGGAACCUGUGGGACUAACUCUGUGAUCUGUGAACAUGGGGGUAGCACGUCGUGCAUCUGUAAAAAUGGCUACAUCUUCAACAGCACUAGAGGAGGCCGUGUCGACUGUAAAGAUAUAAACGAGUGUUCUGAGACAUCCGGGCCGUGUGGGUCGGGCACAGCUUGUGUGAACACGGAGGGGUCGUACAGCUGUGUGUGUAAGGAAGGCUACAGUCAUCAGACGGGUGAUCCCAAUACGUGUCAGGACAUUGAUGAGUGUCAAAACGGAACUUCAAAUAUCACAAGCUGUUAUGGGAAUAGCAUCUGCACGAAUCUCCCGGGUAGCUAUGAGUGUGUCUGUAUCCAGGGUUACAUGCUUAAUGGAUCAGCCUGCCAGGAUAUAGACGAGUGUGAGGGUGCACACGACUGUGACUUCCCAGCCGUGUGCUCUAACACUAACGGUAGUUACCUGUGUGAGUGCCCGGAUGGGUUUACGGGGGAUGGUUUCUCUUGUGAAGAUAUAGACGAGUGUAAGGGUGCAAACGACUGUGAUCUGUGGGCUCGGUGUUCUAACACCAACGGUAGUUACCUCUGUGAGUGCCCCGAUGGAUAUUCCGGAGACGGGUACUCCUGUCAAGAUAUAGACGAGUGUGAGAGCCUACACGACUGUGAUCCCUGGGCCUUGUGUUCUAAUACUAACGGUAGUUACAUUUGUGAGUGCCUGGAUGGGUUUUCCGGAGACGGAUUUUCUUGUGAAGAUAUUAACGAGUGUGAGGGUACACAUGGCUGUGACCCCCGGGCCGUGUGCUCCAACAAUAACGGUAGUUUCCUUUGUGAGUGCCCAGAAGGGUUUUUCGGGGACGGAUUUUCUUGUCAAGAUAUUGACGAAUGUAAGGACACACACGGCUGUGACCCCCGGGCCGUGUGUUCCAAUACUAACGGUAGUUACCACUGUGGGUGUUCAGAAGGGUUCACUGGAGAUGGGUUUUCGUGUCAAGAUGUAGAUGAGUGUGAGAGUACACACGAAUGUGACCCUCAGGCUGUGUGCUCCAACACUGACGGUAGCUACCUCUGUUUGUGCCCAGAAGGGUUUUCCGGAGAGAGGUUUUCUUGUGAAGAUAUUGAUGAAUGUCAGAACACAACUAUCUGCUAUUCCUAUGGCGCUUGCAAUAACCUUCUGGGUAGCUAUGAGUGCGUCUGCGCCUCGGGCUACUCACUAAAUGGAUCAGCCUGUCAGGAUAUAGACGAGUGUGAGGGUGCAAACGACUGUGACCCCCAGGCCGUAUGUUCUAACACUAACGGUAGUUACGUGUGCGAAUGCCCAGAGGGGUUUUCCGGAGACGGAUUCACUUGUCAAGACAUUGACGAGUGUCAGCGACUUAACCAGUGUGGGUUGUGGGCCCAGUGCACGAACACUAAUGGCAGCUUCGCCUGUGACUGUAUGGAAGGCUAUGCUGGGGAUGGUUACAACUGUCAAGAUAUAGAUGAAUGUAGCGAGAAUAGCGCUUGUGGAGAGGAUGAAGAUUGUGUUAAUAAGCUCGGGGAUUACGAGUGCCGGCCAAAGUCUACUACCGUGAGUGAGACAGCCAAAAACGCAAGUGCCAUUGGGACCCGAUGUGGAAGCAGCAUACUGGUGUUGAUCGUCUUGCGAUAUAUUGUAUGA